AUGCCUCCUAAGGGUCGUCCAGCGAAGGCUCCUGUUGAGGUCACGCCGCCUGCUCCUGACUCUCCUGACGUGCCGUCGCCUGACUCUCCUGUCUCUCCUGAUGGAGUAAAUGUCCCGCGGACUGACAAGAUCGCUGUUUCGGGACCUGCGGGGAAGAAUGGUUCUGGAAGCACGGACAACAAUGAUGCGGUUAACGUCUCCCUCCCGUCUGCUGCUGCUGUCGAUGCUGCUAUCGCUGGCUGCUCUGGUUUAACUGUGGAAGAAAAGGCGAGCAUGCAGCAAGUCGCAGGAGGAUCAGAUGAGGGUUUCCUGGAGGAUGAUUCGGAUGAGGAACUCGACAUUGACAUUGCAAAAGAGGCUGCUUUCCGUCUUCGCUUUAUUGCAAUCCUUCUGAUCCCAAUGGCGCUGUCUCAGGAUGUUAAAGCUAUCAUUGCUGCACUCCGUGUUCUAAUGAAGAAGGUCUGGAGCAGUUCACUUACAGAGAAUGCGGGAGUCACUGCUAAUAUCCAGGAGAUGUCACCUGGUUAUGUGGCCAAGACUCGCUUCUGCCGUCUUCAGAUUUCUUUCCUCGACGAGCGUGACGCACAUCACAUCAAGUUUCAUACCUUCGAAUAUCAGAAGACGAACGGCCCGUCGGUGAAGUGUCUCUGGCAGCAUACUGAGGACUCCUCUUACCUCAGGGAGAAGUCGUCUAACCCGCUCGCGAUUGAAGUUCUCUUUAAGCGGGUCCCUGCUAACAUUGUACCUGACGUGCUUAAAGAUCUUCUUGUCCGUUUCAAGCUUAAAAUGAGGAAGCAGUCGGCUUUCAAGGACGGUUUCUGCUUCCAUCGAGUGGCUCACCCGCUGACCGGCGCAGACACUGAUGUGGUGAAGGGACUGGUCAUUCAGCACCCUGGGGACCGUUUACAGCUCACGACUCACCUUUUCCUUUUCUUACGCUUACUGACGAAUCUGCUUGCUGUCGCAGCUGCUUCCUUGCGUACUUCCGCACCGAUCACCCCCAUUCUGAAAGAUCCUGCUGUUGCUCUUAUCUCCACCGGUGGGAACCGCGAAGAGUGGAUCUGCACGCAAGUCUGCUGCGGGAAAGCAAAAGGGAAAACUUUCAUGGCUGCCUCAGACCACAUUGCAUCUGCAUCUCAUCUGCUGAACCUGGAGAAGCUGGGUACUGCGACCAAGUUCACACUCGACAAGAUGAUCCUCAGCAAUCUGAAGAAGGAGUAUGGGGUCUGA